UAUGACUCCGUUAGAUGAACAGCUGUGUCCAUUACAAUUCGGCAGCUACGCCUAUGGGAAAGAUCAACUCGAGUAUGUUUGGAAAUACGGUGCUAAAAAUUCAAUUAAGACCUCGAAAGAUAUGAGAUUAUCGCAAUUCGACAUGCCCGGACAGACUGCUGUAAAUUGCACAGAAAAUAGGUCUAAGGACAUUAAUAUCAACGUUAUCUGUGCUCAUCCAGGAAUAACAACUUUUCUUACUUUAACGACUCUAUGCAUGGACGCUAGAGAGGAUGUUCCUCAAGUUCCUUAUGCAACAGCUCUUGACUGGUUUAUAGUAAUGUGCUUCGGUUUUGUUAUCGCUUCAUGCUUGGAAUUCGCCGGAGUACAUUAUUUUACGAAGAGAGGUUUCGGUGAGAUACAGCAUGAUAGCGAUUCCGAAGACGAAUGGAUGGAUGACGAAGAAUUGGAAUGCGAUAUCAGUUGUACACCCGUCACCACCUUCUGCUAUAAUAACGUAUAUGCUGUAUAUAUAAAUAUAUAA